AUGCCUGAGAAUUUUGAUCUCAACGGAUGGAUAGCCCACGGCUCCGACGGAAACAAUCCCCAUACUGCGGAACAAAUCGAUCCAAUCAUCAUUGCUGGUAUUAAUUAUAUGAAGGGCUUGGGAUUUAGUAGGAUCGGAGCCGCUGGCUAUUGCUUUGGCGCCAAGUACGUCGUACGCAAUUACAGCCAUGGCAUCCAAUGCGCCUUUUUGGCACAUCCCUCGUUUGUAGAAAACAGUGAAUUCGCGGCAAUCCCAGGCCCAUUGUCCAUUGCGGCGGCAGGGGAGGAUGACUACUUCCCAACCCACAAGCGCCACGAAACGGAGGAGAUUUUGAGGACAACAGGGCAGGAAUAUCAGAUUAAUCUUUUUGGCGCCGUUGAGCACGGCUUUGCUGUCAGAGCUGACCCGGAAGAUAGGGUACAGCGGUUCGCUAAAGAGCAGGCGUUUAAUCAAGCCCUGGUUUGGUUCAAUCACCACCUUGGGGAGGGCUGA